AUGGGUAAUAACGCCAGUUCAGUUAAUGUUGUCUUAGAUCAAGCCCAACCAUCGAUCUAUCAUGCGGGUGAUAUUAUAUCCGGGCAAGUUCAUUUUAAUAUUACCGAACGAACCAAAAAGACCGAUGAAAUUUAUUUGUCAUUAACCGGUGAUAUCGGUUAUACAACGGUACGCACGGUUCGAAUGCAAAAUGGGCAAAUGGAAAGGAAAACUGAUGGUCAUAAUGUUCGAAUUUUAGGACAAAAGUUUCUAUUAGGCCGUCCAUUACUGAAUCAAAGUAAUCGUGACAUACCUUAUCUUGAUUUGAACAUACUUGAACCGGGAUUGUAUAAGUAUCCAUUUUCGAUUCGUCUACCUGAAGAUUUACCGCCAACAUUACAUCCGGAAGAUUAUCCAUAUGUUCGUUAUCAGUUACAAGUUUUACUCGAAAAAAAAUGGUACCAUUCGAACGAUCGUCAUCGUUAUCCGAUUCGUAUUUUUCCUCGUGUUAAUCUUCAUAAUAUCAGUAAUUCUCGAAGUGCAGUUAAAUUCGGAACGAAACGUAAAGAUGUGACGCUGAAAGGUAUUUUACAACAAGCAGGUGUAUUACCUGGUGACCAAACAACGUUGUCACUGGAUAUACAAAAUCCAAAUCGUUUAACCAUCAAACGCAUCGAUGUUUGUUUUAUUCAACGCUAUGACAUUGAACAAUGUCGACGUCGAUUAGAAUUAAUUCGUCUAUCCAUACCUGAAUUAGCCAACAAUCAAGAUCAACACGCCGAAGCGUCAUGUUCAUUGACAAUUCCAGUUGGCAUACCUCCGACAUUCAGUUAUCGAAGUAACGGAACCCGAACAAUAGUUCAUGUCGAUUUACAUUACGAUUUGAAAAUUGAAGUUAAAGCUAAAGGACUUUUCACUGACUUUGAACUUCAAGUUCCUGUGAUUGUUGGAACAGUGUCAACAGACAAUUCUCAGACACGACCGAUCUGUGUCAAUCCGAUGAAUAUGAUUGCUUUAGAUUUGACCGAUGAUGACAUGCCACCGCCUUAUGAAUCUGUCAAUUAUUUUAAUCAAACACAUUAA